AUGUGGUUGUUGGAUUGUUGCAUCAAUGGAUUUCUAAUAUGUGUCACAUUGCGAGUUAUAAAUAUUGGUCAAGCAACAAAUAUACCAUCACAAGUGAUUGAACUGAAUGAUAAAUUUCUUCAAGUCAAGAACGAUGGCCUCUGGUUUGUUGACUUUUAUGCUCCGUGGUGUGCACACUGCAAGCGCUUGACUCCAGUUUGGGAGCACGUUGGUCAUGCAUUAGCCGAUCGUCAAUCUCUUGUUCGGGUUGCUAAAUUGGAUUGCACUCGUUAUACGAACACUGCAUCGGCUUUGAAUAUUCGAGGAUAUCCGACGAUUAUUUUUUUUCGAAAUGGAAAAGAAAUGGUUUAUGAAGGUGAACGAAAAAAGGAAUCAAUCAUUGAUUUUGCAGUAAAAGCAGCUGGUCCCAUGGUUGGCAUCAUUGAGAAUGUUCAGCAGUUAUCGCAGAUGCGAAAGAAUUUGAAAGAGCCAUUUUUUGUGUAUGUGGAAGGAUACCAGGAUGCACAAUUUCCUGAAUUAUUUGAUAACUACAGCAGUAUUGCUGAAAUGUUGUUUUCGUCGACGCGAUUUUAUCGAGCGAAAAGAGAUGUGUUUCCAAAAGCCGUUUCAAUUUCUGAAAUUCCAUCAGUUCUCGUUUUCAAAGAUGGCGAAUACUUAACCUAUAACAGAGAAAGAGAAAGUUUAAGCGAUUGGAUUUACAGCGAACGCUGGUCUUUAAUACCACUUGUUGCCUCAACAAAUGUCAGGGAAGUUGGAAGAAUGCGAAUGCUGGUUUUGGCCAUCGUAAAUAUGGUUGAGAGGAGAAAUGGCACAACGCAAGUGGGAAAAUUCUUUUCGUUAGUCACUAAUGCAGCUCGAAUGGUUCGUAAAGAUACCUAUUUGUCGAAUAUUUUUCAAUUUGGUUGGCUGGAUGGUAAUGAAAUAGCAAAUAAUGUUGUUUUGGGUACUGUAAAUCAACCAGGUUUAUUAGUUUUCAACGUUACAAGUUAUGAAUAUUAUUCAAGCAGUGAUGCUGUAAGUGUUAUGACCGAAAAAAGUAUUAUUUCAUUCUUGGAACAGAUAGCAGCAGGUGAUGUACCACCACUUGGAGGACGUUCGAUAUCACAACGAAUCAAACGUCUUUGUUUUGAGCUUUUUACAAACAUAGCGGAAAUGUUCAAAGCACAACCCCUGCUAACACUAUGUUUACUUGGAGUGCCGUUAUCGUUCCUUUCAUUAAUAACUUAUUGCAUUUGCUCAACGGAUUUCUCAGUGGAUCGUGAUGAAAUUUAUCCGGAUGAAGAUGAUGACAGUUUUAUAUCAGAUGCCGAUAAUCACGAAAAGGAAGAGUAA